CUGCUUGGCCUUGCAAAGGUAAAUUACGCAGUUUCUCUCUUCCUUGGGCGAUAUUGAAAAAAAAAUAUAUCGAUAUUGGACACUGUGGAUAGUGAGCUACCUAAAUAUCAUCUUGUAUUCGGACCGCUUUUGCUGGAAGAACACCUGAGGAAGAUAUUGAGUGGGCUUCUGAAUAAUACGACGUAUGCAGUCCUGAUAGGAACCGAAUAUGUUCAACAAAGCGUUUGGAACUCCUUUUGGAGGAGGAACUGGUGGCUUUGGAACUUCCUCCACGUUUGGACAGAAUUCUGGGUUUGGAUCUACAGGUGGGUUUGGGACUUCAGCUUUUGGGUCCACUAAUAACACUGGAGGACUGUUUGGGAACACCCAGAAUAAACCAGUGGCAACAGCAAAUCCCCAACAAAUCUACACUGGUGCUGGUAGAGGAGGUGGACUCUUUGGCUCAAGUACGUUUAGCCAGCCUGUGACGUCCUCCACUAGCACUGGGUUUGGGUUUGGUGCUGCCAGUGGUACCUCCAGCAGUCUAUUUGGAAGCACCAACACAGGAGGAGGAGGACUGUUCUCCCAGCAAAACAAUGCAUUCGGCGCGACCAAGCCAGCUGCUUUUGGCACAUUUGGCACCAGUACCAGCAGCGGUGGACUCUUUGGGACAACAAGCACCAACUCCAACCCUUUUGGUGGAACUUCGGGUUCUCUUUUUGGAUCUUCGGGUUUUGGUCCCACACAGACUGGUACACCCCUGAAGUUCAAUGCCCCUACAGGCAGUGACACAAUGGUGAAGGGAGGAGUGACUACCAGCAUUAAUACUAAACACCAGUGCAUCACAGCCAUGAAGGAGUAUGAGAACAAGUCCUUGGAGGAAUUGCGGCUGGAGGAUUACCAGGCAGGAAGGAAGGGUCCUCAGAACCCCAUAGCUGGAGGAACAGGUGCGCUUUUUGGUGCCUCGGCAGCACCAGCUAGCACAGCCACUGGGAUUUUUGGGUCUUCUGCACCAAAUACUGGCUUCACCUUUGGGCAGACCAAAACAACCUUUGGAACCAGUGCUGGCGGCUUUGGAACCAGCACUGGUGGUCUGUUUGGCCAGGCUGCACCUGCAGGAAGCAGUUUAUUCAGCAAGCCUUUUGGGCAGCCCACGACAACCCAGAACACUGGUUUCACAUUUGGAAAUACCAACACUAUGGGUCAGCCCAACACCAACACCAUGGGUUUGUUUGGAAAUGCAUCAGCAUCUCAGCCUGGAGGGUUGUUUGGAAAUUCUGCAAAUACCAGCACUGCCACUGGAUUUGGAACUGGCACAGGGCUCUUUGGACAACCCAAUACUGGUUUUGGCACCGUUGGAACAGCGAACCUAUUUGGGAACAAAACAGCAGGAUUUGGUACAACCACAACCAGUGCACCAUCAUUUGGUACUGGCACUAGCUUAUUUGGGAACAAACCCACACUCACUCUGGGAACCAACACCAACACCUCUAAUUUUGGGUUUGGUACAAAUCCGGCUGGUGGAAGCCUUUUUGGUAACAAACCUGCUACAGGUGGAUUGGGCACAGGGCUAGGAACUGGUUUUGGAGCAGCAGUUGGGACAGGGCAGACAUCCCUCUUUGGAAAUAGUCAGAAUAAGCUGGGCUCAACCUUGGGUGCUGUUGGUGCUUUCGGAACUCCCGGAUUCAAUGCCACAACAAGCAAUUUGGGUUUUGGAACACCUCAGCAGCAAGUUACACUAACAGACCCCAGUGCCACAGCAGCACAGCAGGCUGUGUUACAGCAGCAAAUAAAUGCACUAGCAUAUUCUCCUUUUGGAGAUUCCCCUCUCUUCAGAAAUCCCUUGUCAGAUCCAAAGAAGAAAGAGGAGCGUCUCAAGCCAACAAACCCUGCUGCCCAGAAGGCCUUGACCACCCCGACUCAUUACAAGCUGACUCCUCGUCCAGCCACUCGAGUUCGACCCAAAGCCUUGACAUCCUCUGGUUCCUCCAAAUCCCAGCUGUUUGAUGGACUGGAUGAUGAUGAGCCUUCUUUUGCCAAUGGUUCUUUUAUGCCCAGGAAAAGCAUAAAGAAGUUAGUACUAAAAAAUCUGAAUGGCAGCAGCCUUUAUUCUCCAGUGAGUAGGGAGGCAGAUGACCUUGCCUCUCCUUCAGAAUAUCCAGAGAAUGGCCUGAGUCGCGGCAUUGAUGAUGAAUCCAGACAGCAGGAGACAGAGAGAGCAGAUGACGACCUGGAGGUGACCAAGUUCUAUACCAACCCUAUUGCUAAGCCCAUUCCUCACAUUCUGGAGGGCAAGCAGAACAUCUCUAUGCAGGACACCUUGACGGAGCUGAAUAUGCGGAAUAUUGUAAGGAAUGGCCUGGAAGCCAGCAGUGAAGAUGUAUCCCUAGGAGAUGACUCUCUGCAGGAGGAUAGAGAGGAGGAGCUGGAUGGACAGCAGCUUCCGCACCCUGCUGGUAUUACUCUUGGUCGAGUGGGGUAUUACACUAUUCCAUCCAUGGAUGAGCUUGCCAAGAUGGUUAAUGAGAAUGGAGAGUGUGUGGUGGAGAACUUUACUGUUGGACGGAAAGGCUAUGGGUCAAUCUUCUUUCCCGGGGAAGUGAAUCUGACUAACCUAAACCUGGAUGACAUUGUUCAUUUUCGGAGGAAAGAGGUCAUUGUUUACCCCGAUGACAAAGUCAAACCACCCGUGGGAGAAGGGCUCAACAGGCGAGCUGAGGUGACACUGGAUGGCGUUUGGCCAAACGACAAGACAACAUGCACCCAGAUCAAGAGUCCUGAGCGACUAGUGGAGAUGAACUAUGAGGGUCGGCUUGAGAAUGCUUCCAGAAAACAGGGUGCUCGUUUCCUGGAGUACAGACCUGAAACUGGGUCCUGGGUUUUUGAGGUUGUUCACUUCUCCAAGUAUGGGCUUCAGGAUUCAGAUGAAGAGGAGGAAGUUCCCCCUCCCAAAACUGACAUUAAGAAGCUUAAGACUGCAACAGUCCUUCCCCCAGGGCAACAGCAGCUACCGCCCUUGCAACAGAUGGCCGUAAAUGGAAAACCAGACACACAAGCACAGGUAGAUGGUGGACCUCAUUGAACUGUUCCAUUGUCAUAAAUGUAUUGGUGUUCUAACUGGGAGAGACCUUAACCGACAUUCCAUCUUCCUUACCUGUGGUAUUUAGGGUCCUUUGCCAUUAUGGUGAUGGAAUGUUUCAGGUAACCUAAAUACGAAAACGUAGGAGGGUACAGUUCAAGGGGUUGCACCAUAAUUUUAAAAGUGCUUUAAGUGGUUAAGUACUUAAAAACCUAAUUCUGUGGUAAAGCAGAUUCAAAGCAGCCAUUGUAUGCAGAAUGAAGGUGCUAAGGGAUUGUAUUACUACUCUGGGGAAAAAUGUUUUGCAUUUAUGAAAGAACAUAAAUAUCUGGACUUCUACAGAUCUUAACAGGAUUAUUAAACUUAGGAACUCUGUUCCUAAGUUUGCAAAGUUUUUCCUGUUUUUUUGAUGUGAUAUGCUCAUCUGUAAUAUAUUUUUUUAAAUCCCAACCUUCUAAUUUUAAAAAUUUCCCUGGAAAUUCUAUCAGUAUAUAAUUUCAAUUUUACAUAGAUGAAUUAACUUCUAUAUAUGAUUGUGUAAAUCUCUAAGCAAAAAUGAGAACUUUAAAAUCAAUUUUAAGUUUAGAGUCCACCUCUUUUAGGUGUAUAUAUUCUGGAGUUCAGCUCUUCUGAUAUAUGCUUCUUUGGCGUGCAAAGCAAUUUUAUCCUUUUGUACCAUUUUAUUUUGUUUUUCGUUUGAAAAACAGUUUGCACCAGUAAAUAUUUAGAGAACUUUGUACAGUAAUAGGCUGUCUAGCAUGCAGGUAGCUGGACUAAGCAUAGAAUGGAAUAACCACACUGAUUUCUGUAUUUUAAAGUUUGUAAUGCCUUUGUCUUAAUCUAAAAUUUAAAAUUUGUGGAAAAGUUUCAUUUGAUCAUCAGUGAUGCCUGUCAGGAUCACAUGACUUGAGGUAGUACUUUGCCACUUACCUGUUUUUGUGUUGUAUUCAAAGAGCUUAAGUGAAUUCCUAGUAAUGAACAGGACCUUGUUCAUCUUGAAAAAUGCCCGUUCAUGUCCCCAUCCCAAGAUUGUGACCUUUUGAGCCAGUUUCAUCACUUAAAAUCUUCAAAUUCCACUGAAGAUAAGUUGUUAAACGUUUGUUUAUCCCAUUUGAGGGUCUAGAGCUCAUCAUAGUGGGGGGGAAGCUCAGUGUUGAUGUAGAAGACAUUUGGAGCUGAGCAGUCAGAUGAAUUAAUGACUUAGUUACUAAGAUCUAAGAAGUACCAACCAGUGCCAAACCUGUUAGUGCGUACAGCAAAUGAGGGAAUUCGACAGCCAAUUGUUGAGUUUGCUCCCUAUCAACAGAGCCAACAGAAAUCCAGAAAUCUGCAAAUGACUUGUCAUAAAUAAGGUUUAUCACCAUCUUUAAAAUUACAUUUUUAAUAAAAUCAUAUGCAUGAGAUGGUUUUUAUACAUUUUCAAAAGCCAUUUUAAAACUAUCAAAUGUUUUAAUGUUAAUUGCAAUGUCGUUUGUAAAACUUUGUAUUGACUGCAAAAUACCAAAAAUGUUAAAUAAAAUCAUGUUAAAAGAAAC